GGGAUUCUAUAGAGGGUGAGAGUGGAGGGUGGAUGAAAGGAAGAGCACGAGAUUGAGUUGCUCGUGUGGCAGCGGGAACGACUAGGGCUAGGAGGGGAUGAAAGCCCACCCAUGGUACAUGGGAAAGCCAAUGCGGCCUCUUUCAAUAACGAGGCGAGCAAAAUCGUCACAAAUGUCCCUGUCUUGAGAAAUGGAUUGAUCCGGCUGUUCAGAGAGAGGCAGAUGGGCAAGCGGACAAGCGGACAAACGAAUCCUGAAGGAUAUUUGUCUGGGCAUCGUCACGACAGGUCUUGCAGCAGCCCUUUCAACGUCAUCACCUUUCUCAAUCGGUCGAGUUGCGGCCGCGAGGGUGUACAUUUCCACUUCCAGAAUCUGGUGGAGGGUGAUGAAGCAGGUGUGUGUUGCUCGGCAAGAAGACAAGACACCAAUGAAGAAGAUCAAGACACGGGGCGAGCGACUCUCUCUCCCCGUGCCGCGCCUCCGAUGACACCUCGCCCAACAGUCAUCAUGUUCGUGAUCGUGCGUUUCUCACGCAUGGGACACCCCCAUCAUUCUUACACAUGCAGCAAUCGGUGGGCCAUGUGCACCGCUCGAAGCAUCACAGCAUCACAACAUCACAGAAGCACAGCACCACAUUCAACAUCACACAUUGCCCUCCCUAAAUCGGCCACUAUCACCUAUCAUCCGUGGCCCGAGCUGUGGGUCACAGCCCGCAGACGCAUGAGGGUGGCUCCAAUUCAUCCCCUCUCGAUGCGAUGCAGAAGAAUAUGUCGAUGCACAGGGCCCCCAUUCUCCAAUCCCACAACCACAUCCACAUCCACAUCCACAUCCACGUCUACAACCACGUCCACAUCCACAUGGUGCAUCCCCCCAACCCGACCUAACCCAGCUAGUUGACACCCGCCCACAAACGCACACCGCGCGGGCUGCAUGGUUGGCAAGCCCCGGUCCAGCCGCGACUACUGUUGGUCUCUCCCCACAAGUCACCGACUCCUAGUGUGGACUGAUGUGCCUUGACGUAAGGCGGUCCCCCCGGGCAGACUGCCAACAGAAUUGUGUUGCGGCCUACCUAAUCUGGAGUCCGAUGGCUAUAUCACCUCUCGAAGCCUUCACUGCCCCUCAUCCCCCCUCCUCGUCCGUCCCCUUUUGCGGCCUUUGCGGGGACAGACGGCCGA